CCCAUAUCAAAAUUAUAAGAAGAGGAGACUCGUGUUCUGAACAUCACAUCACAGAAGGACGUAUCAGCUGACGACCAUCACCCACCGAACACAACAUGGGAAGACAGAAGGUAUAUUUGGACAAGCUGUCCAGAACCUGCCAGAUCCGCAACCUGUUGCUUCGCCAGGCCCUGGCAGAAUGUCUUGGCACACUCAUCCUUGUGAUGUUUGGCUGCGGCGCUGUAGCUCAACUAGUGCUCAGCGGAGGAUCCCAUGGCAUGUUUCUAACUGUCAACUUUUCCUUCGGCUUUGCGGCCACCCUGGGCAUUCUAGUCUGUGGCCAAGUGUCGGGAGGCCAUCUGAAUCCAGCUGUGACCUUUGCCCUUUGCCUACUCGGAAGAGAACCGUGGAGAAAGUUCCCAAUAUACUUUGCCUUUCAGACACUGGGAGCAUUCCUGGGUUCUGCAAUCAUCUUUGGCAUGUACUAUGAUGCCCUGUGGGACCAUCCUGACAACUUUAAUGUGACGGGAAAUCGGUCUACUGCCGGCAUCUUCGCUACCUAUCCUGGAAAACAUCUCACGAUUCUCAAUGGCUUCUUUGAUCAGCUCAUUGGAACGGCAGCCCUGAUCGUAUGCAUCCUGGCCAUUGUGGAUCCAUACAACAACCCCAUACCCCAGGGGCUUGAGGCCUUCACUGUGGGCUUUGUGGUUCUGGUCAUUGGACUGGCGAUGGGCUUUAACUCUGGCUAUGCCGUCAACCCAGCCAGGGAUCUGGGGCCACGUAUCUUCACUUCGAUGGCUGGCUGGGGCAUGGAGGUCUUCACGGCUCGAAACUGCUGGUUCCUGGUGCCCAUCUUUGCCCCGUUUCUUGGGGCUAUCAUCGGGGUGGUGGUCUACCAGAUGAUGGUGGGUUACCAUAUGGAGGGCGAAGUACGCGACCGGCGUGAGGCGCAACAACAGAACGAAAGAGAGCGACUCAACAGCAUCAGCACUAACGACCACAACAAAGAGAAGGAGGUGUCAUAAAGAACCUGACGUCUGCAGGGGGGGAUACACAGCAACAGGGUUAGGGUUAGGGUUACAAAUAGCAACAGAUGGAGUUCUCCACAAUCUGUACACACACACAAACACACACAUGCACACACACACACACACAAAGUGCAGAAUUACAUUAAUUCGUUGAUGAACAAUACAUUUUGUUGUAUUUAAUCAUAGUUUUCUAUUACUACGACUAUAGUUUCCUAUAGGAUUUAGUAGAAUAUAAUGUUAUAGAUAUAUCUAGUGUCUCCACACCAAUUGUUUGCAUAUGUGUUUAUUCUUACCAAACAAACAUUGGCAACAUAUAUUGACCACUGUUUUAUUGUUACAUUACUGUCCCAACAAUCCAUCCUGAUUUUUUUUGCAUUAUCCUGUUUUGUUUGUUUGUAUUAUUAUUGAUGUUUCUACGAUAUAAAGUAUGUAUUGACAUGUUUUUCAAAAAACUAAAA